UGAUGGUGAAGUACUACCAACACAUCCUGGCCUUGGUGUUUGCCAUUAAUGAGAUCAACAAGGACCCCAAGAUCUUGCCCAAUGUCACUCUUGGUUUCCACAUCUAUGACAGCUACUCUAGUGCAAGCCUGACCUACCGAGUCACUCUGGACAUGCUCUGCAAAUCCCAAGCAUUUAUUCCCAACUACAAGUGUGGCCUCCAGAACAAUGUCAUAGGAGUGACUGGAGGGUUUGAUUCGGAAACCUCCUCAUAUAUGGCAGACAUCCUGGGCAUUUACAAGAUCCCACAGGUAGGAUUUAAUCUUGGGGGGUUCUGCAGAUUUUCUAAAUCCCAGAAGUAGCUCUUUGUUCCGUGUUCAACUGCUAGUAGCUUCCUGAUUUGAGGGGUAAAUGUUAUAUACACGGAGUGUGAGUGAAGCUGUGGAGUGGUUAGAUUUGGUGGAAAGAAGUAUUGCUCCAAAGAUUAUGAUGGGGAGGAGGAAUACAUUGGGAAGUAACUCUCCAAGAUUGUGGGUAUGGGAACCUCUCCACUUCUAACAUAGCUUUUGCUUUGAACAGUGAUCUGAUUAUCUAGUUUAACUUUAGCAACAUGAUAAUCGUAUUCGUUUCACAACCAGUAUGGGGUAGUAGUUUGA